AUCCGUCUGAAAAGUCACGUUGGGUUGUUGUGAUAUUACCGAUUCUAGAAAAUACAUAAUAUUAUUGUCGUACGCAUUAUUUUAAAGUCUCUUAAGCUUUAAUCAGUAACAGUUAUUAUAUUAAAUAAGGAAAAAUGUUGUUUACCAAGCUGGAAGUAUUGGUAGACUUGGGUGAGAAGCCGGACCAGAAACUUCUGGAUAAAACCAUCAAAGAGCUGAAAUCACAAGAUGGUGUUAAGGAGGCAGUCUUCAAGAAUGGCGCUUUCGUGGUAGACUCGACUCUGCCAAGUUCUGUGGUUCUGGAUGUGGUCUCCAAAACAUCUGGGAAAAGAGCGGUUCUACAAGGAUUUGGAGACACCCAAUCAGCUGUAGCCAUGGUGUCGAGCGCAGAUUCCCGUGUCCUGGGGGUGGUGCGUCUUCAGCAGCAGCGGGACGCGCUGGUAGCCGACGGGAGCGUGGACGGUCUGGCUCCGGGGCUCCACGGGCUGCAUCUGCACGAGACCGGAGACCUUAGCCAGGGUUGUGCGUCACUGGGGCCUCACUACAACCCCCACGGGGGUUGUCACGGGGCUCCGGGCUCUGAGAGGGGGGCCCGGCACGCUGGAGACCUCGGCAACAUUCGCGCCGACGAGCGCGGCAGGGCUACGUUCAGGAUCGUGGAUCAUGUGUUGAACAUUUCGGACAUCAUCGGGCGCUCUAUCGCCAUCACGGAGCGCGCCGACGACCUCGGACAAGGCGACAGCCCUAGCUCCAAGAUAGACGGAGACAGCGGCCCGCCAAUAGCGUGCGGCAUCAUAGCGCGCUCUGCCGGUGUGUUCGAGAACCCCAAACGCAUAUGCGCGUGCGACGGCGUCGUGGUGUGGGACGAGCGCGACCGCCCGCUGGCCGGCAAGGGCCGCCGGUGCUGCCAGAAGGACAAGGAAAACGACAACAAGGAACAGAAGCCAUGCUGCAAAGUUUAACUUAAAACUACCAGAUGUAAGGCACAAAAUGAAAUUCUUCUCAAUGUACACCGCUUCGGUGAAUAUA